UUCGACUUUACUUCGCGAGGAAGGGCACGAUGGCCGCUACCACCGACGCCAGCACGAUGGCUUCUCCAAGCAGUCCAUUGAAAGGACAACAUGCAAAGCACCCCCCCAAUCGCCUCUCUGGCGUCGUCAUCUUUAACCUUGCGCUGCCUUUCGCAGUCUUUGGGCUCGCGUCGCAGUUCACGACGACCCUGAACGCCAUGAUCUUGUACACGCUGCCGCCGCUAGGCAAGUGCGUGUACGAGCUCGUGCGAGAGCGCCAUGUCGACUACAUCUCGAUGCUGCAGCUGGCCAUCACCGGGAUAGCGAUUGCGGUCAUGAUGUACACGGACGAUCCUCGUGUCGUUUUAUUGAAGGACAUCGUGCCGCCCAUGAUCUUCGCGGUCGUCCUUGUCGGGUCCGCACUGUGGCCGAAUGGAGUGAAUUUGGUCUGGCUGGCGUUUCGCGGAUGGUACGAUGCCACCCACAACGACGUUGCGCGAGUGGACCACAUAUGGCGGACAGAUUCCGUGGUCCGUCGCCGCUUCCGCGCCAUCGCCAUCAUUGUUGGCCUCGUCGUCUUGGCCGAAGACAGCGUUCGCCUCUACUUUGUCUAUACUGCGCCGCUGUCCACGAUGAUCGUAGCCAGCCCCAUUGCAGGCAUCACGACCGGCGUUUUCUUGACGCUGUGGAUCGUCUGCUCCAUCCAAGCCAUUCCGACACUCACCAAAGACUCGUCCGUGGCGACAGAAACAUCCUCGCUCCUUGCGUAAGCCUUUUCAGUGCCGACGAAUUCCUUGAUUUAGUUGAUGGAGCAUGUAAUCUCUGACCAAGAGCAAUU